ACAAAGAAGAGCUCAUUUUGCCGCGUGCGCGCUCGCGCUGAUUAGCGUCUGUAUCACCACACUUUUGCAGUUUACUAAAUCGAGUGUGUUUGCUUUUGAUAUGGAGGCGUUAAAUCAGCUUCUGGUGGAGUAUCCGGAGUUAAUGUUCAGUGGGAUGGGCGCCACAGCAGUGGUGGCUGGAGGGGCGCUCAUCUACAAACUGUCCUCCAGAAAGAAACCGUCCCAUGCCAGUGUGAACUGCUGGUUCUGUAAUCAGAACACUGUGGUGCCCUAUGGGAACAGGAAUUGCUGGGACUGUCCGAACUGUGAUCAGUAUAAUGGCUUUCAGGAGAAUGGAGAUUACAACAAACCUAUCCCUGCCCAGUACAUGGAGCACCUGAACCAUGGUGUUUCUGGGAGCCAUCCAUCUCCAGAUCCUCCAAAAACCCUGCAGUGGGUGAACUGUCAGAUGCUGCUGUGCAGAAAGUGCAAUAAUAACCAAACAUCAAAGAUUAAGCAACUAGCGUCAUUUAUACCAAGAGAUGAUGAAAAUUAUGAUGAAGAGAUUGAAGCCUACAAACAUCAUCUUGAACAGACAUACAAGCUGUGUAGGCCAUGUCAAGCUGCUGUGGAGUACUACAUUAAAUAUCAAAAUCGUCAACUUAGGUCUGUGUUGCUGAACCAUCAGCUUCGACGCAGUCGUGACACGGACAAGGGUUUUAUAAAGAGCCCUUAUAGUGCAUCAUGUCCUACAGCAGUAAUCCUUCUGCGAGUCCUGGCCUUUCAUUGUGUUUUUUUGUUUGCAUCCUGUUAUGUUGAUUUGGCCGACCCGUCCACCUCACCCAGUGUCAGUCCUCCACAGUCUGCUCUCAACGAAUCUGCUUCUAAAAAUCAAAGCACUGUGCACGUUUGGCAAGGCAUUCUUCAGCUGCUCCCAGAACAGACCAUUGAAAAGUCCAAGGCAGUGUUGCAGUAUGGGAAAGACAGUCAGAUGGCUGUAGCGUCUCUUGGCUUGUUGACUUGUCUCACCGGUAUUUUCCUAGCAGGACCCACAAGGUUGAGGAGAAUUGAUGCGGUGGCGUCAGUUUUGUGGUUUCUGAUCCUUUGUCUUCACAUGGCUGAAGGUUUCAGGCCUGGUGUCUCAGACUGGACAGAUACAGCCAAGGUCUGCGCCAUGUCCACCUGUUGUCUGGUCAGCUUUGGUGCUGCUGUGGCCACUCGCAAACCGCUGGUUUCAAGAAGAGGCAGAUACCGAAGACAUUUUUCCAGUGGUUUCCAGCCUCCGUUGUCUGUUUCUGACCUGACAGACUCCAUUGUUCUGUCUCCUCCACCCAAUCUUUGCAAACUCAUAAAGCAACAGAGUCCACAGGAGCGCAAGGCCUCCCCCACAUCACUCCCGGGACGCCUCAACAGAGCACUCAGACUUGGGACUAUUCCAACCCUCACACGUACUGAUUCGGGUUAUCUGUUCAGUGGAAGCAGGCCAACAUCUGUUUACAAGGACUCCCAAUCUUCAGAUUAUUUUUCGCUCAAAUCUGGAAGCCGGCCCUCGUCCCCUGGUCCCUCCCCGACCCCCUCUGUGGCUGGGUCUGUCACCUCCAGCUCUGGGUCAGCCCGGUUCCGUAGACCCCUCAUCAGCCCAGCUCGGCUCAACAUUAGCGGUCAGAAACUGAGACUUUUUUCCACUGAGAAGGAGUCGACCCUCAGAACCCCGCCUGUGUCCCCGCCUGUGUCCCCCUCACACCUGGGUCAUGAGCCAGCAUCUUCAGUCUAUAACACCUGCUUUUCUUCAGACAUAUUCCCCCUGCACAGUCAAAAUGAUUUUUCAUUUAUCCGAGAUGGCAGCAUAAUAGAGGAGGAGAAGAAAGGAAGCUCUUCUGAUUCCUCUGCCUGUUUGGUCGACACUACAACGCAAGGGCCAGACACGAGUUCUACAGCAAAAAGUGUUUGGAGGCAUGUCAUUUGGCCAGGACUGUUACUAGCCAGCCUUAGCGCUAACUUAGUGUUUGGCUCCAUUUAUGUGUACAGUAACUGGAGAUGAACUUCAACUACUGCUUCUGCUGCUGCAAUGACCUAAAUGCAGUGAGUGGUCCUUAGAAGGCUGGGUCUGAUGAUGUUGUGUAUGUGCUCCAUUAGGUCAUAUUUGAUUUAGGAUUGAAAAGGCUUCUCCUUUUCCAAGGCCUAAGUUGCAUGCACAUUUACUUUAGACACUACUAUUGUGGCUUUUAAAACAUGCUGUGAAAUGUGCAAUGACAAAGUACUGUUUUUUUCAUGCUGCCAUUGACGCGAUUGUCUUAAUUACCGACACUGAUUGUACUUUAGGUUAACGAUCUGAUAAAGUAGCAAAACCUAGCCAUAUUAUGCAGCUUGUUUUCUAUUAACUCUUAAAACUUUUUCUUUUCUUUUCUACUUGUAGAGUAAUCAGUUUGGCAGUAUUUUCUUGAUGCCAAAACAGUAAAUGUGUUAUGGAAUUGGGUUUCUAUAACCAACAGUUUUGUUAGGCAUAUGGAGAGUUAGGAUCCAAAUACAUGUUAGUAGAGGCUAGCUGUGGGUCAAACAUUUCAUCCACAUUUGAAGUAUCACUUAUUCACAUAAUUUGGUGUAUUGAUUUUGAAGUAAAGUUAUGUAUCAACUAUAUAUUUGACUGUAUUUAAGUGUGUUAUAUAAAUGAUAAAAUGAAUGUCAAAUUUAAGUAUUUGGCAGAAGCUGUAGUGCUUGUAGACACUUUUGGAAUAUGGAAUGGCACGCAUUUUUUUCAAGUGUGCUUGCAUUUUCUAUCUUUUUUUUCUUUUUUUGAGCCAAAAAUAACAUGUCUGAGAAGAAUCAAAGAUGCUACUGAAAUAAAGUGACUACUUCUCCAUUUGUACUGUAUAAAUGAAGUGUUUUACACUUUUUCUGAACAAAGUUUGUGCAAGUGUUCAAUUGUAAAUAAGGGUGUGGACACAUAAGUUCUUAUGCAUAUAGUGGUGCCUACUGAAUCAAAUAGUAGUUUAUUUGAUUUGAAAGGUUGCAAUUACAAUGACAACAUUUGUCUUGAUGUUUUGUUUUGUCUGAUGCCUGAAAACAUUUUAAUAAAUUAUUUGUAUCAUAA